AUGUCCAACGAAGCCCUCUAUCACGAGUCGUUGGACAAGUUGAACCUCUCCUGCCGCACAGGUUUAAGCUUCAACUUCAAAGAACAAACCGAACAGGAAGCGCAAUUGGUGGUUGAUCUCGGCGGAAGUGUCACACAUAUCCCGUCCCCACAACCAUCCCCGACAUAUAAGCCGGCAGGUUUACCAUCCAGGGCUGCCCUAACUUACACACCUGCCAACGCCAAAACAUAUCCUUCUGCGGAGUGGGAACUCACCAACGACAAACCCCAAGCGGAAGGAGAUGGAUUCAUGCUGUGGAAGGAAUACGCGCCAGUGAUUCUGACGCGCCGUUCUUCCUCACUUCAGUCAGAGAGAGAGCAGGUCCUCGAUGCAGUAUCUAGUCUCGGCUUGAAGGGUCCUGUCAAAGGCCUUGGGAAGCUGUCAAGGCCGGUUCUGAACAAGUACUACCGCACAGAGCAAGCACUGGCAGAGUUCCUGAUUAAGCAAGAUCGCGUCCUACUCCGUCCGCUGCCUUCGCCAGAGACUGGGCAAAGAGAGCUGGAACGCCUAGAAACCGAGCUAUUCGACACAUCAAAAUACAUGGGUAGCACAAAUUACAUGACCGUACUCACCUGGUCUGACGACAACCCAUGGGGAACCAUCACACUAUUCCAAGUCGAGACCCCACUGAUGGGCUCUGUCAGCCAAGGGGGGUAUCUGGAAUCUCAACGCCGAAAACCGCCAAACCUCCAUGUCCAUGUUCGGGAACCGUUUGUAACAAAGAUAAAACCAGUGGCAGCGAUGGAACACAUACCCCAGCAGGUCCUCGUAAACAUGCGCAUGGAUACUGCGAUACGGAAGUUGGUUUUGGUUCACGAGCAAAACAGCCAGCGAUUUCGCUGGAUGGCCAAGGGCGAAAUGGGCCACCCCUCCUAUGCAACCCUAUACCGGCCUGACAUGCCGGUGCCUAUUGCCGUACAAAGGAGUCUGUACGAGCACUUGGAUGCUGAUGAAGCAGCUAUUCUUGGCCACCACUCACACCGCCGACCGUCCUGCCUCAGUCCACAAGCUGGCUACCAAGAUAGGCAAGAGGUCACAGCGGAUGGCAUCGUAGCCACAAUCCCACAGUUUCUCGCUCUUUUACACUCGACUCAGUCAAUUGUAGAAGUUGCUUCCUCUCCCAAGCCAUCCGACGAGGAGAGGGUGGAGACGACAUCAGAAACGCUCAAAGAUAUCUUCCACCAAUUUCUCCAUAACGACACAAUAUUCACUCCUUUCAAGUACAUCCGCCCCGUCCCUGUUGAAACGCCACUUCACAUCACCGACAAGAACGACAUUCGAUGCGACACCGUGGGGUUCAAGCCUACAUUUUGGAUCCAUCAUCCCGGGGCAUACGCUGCUUACCUCUCUGCCGUCCCUCCUGGAAAAACCAUCUCCAAUUACGCGGGUGACGGUGACUGGUUCAAGAUUUGGGAGUUUGGAACAUACCCCAACCUCACAGCAGAGUCGACAUAUCAACAAACUUGGCGAUUGCUUGCAGACCCACUGACAUUCCAAAUCCCAACGGCCACCCCACCGGGGAAGUAUUUGCUACGAUUUGAGCAUGUGGCACUGCAUCUGGCCAACCAGAGAGGUGGAGCCGAGUUCUACCCUUCUUGUGCCCACGUUGAAGUGAUGAACGCUGGGUGGAAGAGCACCGGUCUUAGCCCAGGACCGACAGCACGGUUCCCCGAGGCACACGAGGCAGAAGAACACGGCAAGUUGAUGUUCAAUAUAUGGGACUUUGAUGACGUUCAACAGCUCAACAGCAGGAAGAUGCCUGGCCCGCAAGUGUGGGAUGGCCGCUGAAUGUACAGAAAUGGCAUCUUGGCAGUUUGGGGGCGGGUUGGGCAGCGUUCUCGCAUUUUCUCCCAAGGAGCCAAGUCAGCAAGCGAGUAUGCAGCCAAGAGAUUUGACGCGGUGUGACGAAGCCCUAUCCAGAACCUCUGAAAGGGAUACUAGUAGAAGGCACUUCUGAACACUCCUGGUUUGGUACAGCUAAACAGUGUACAAC